GAGAAGAAGAUCAUGCAGUUUCUGUAAUCUAUAAAAACUUUAUAUACAUGGUUUACAGGUUAAAAGGGUAUUAAAGAAUGUAUUAGUAAUUUAGUGAAGUGGGAAAAAGGAGAAGAUGCACGUUGAUUCAUGAUGACACAAGCAAAGGAGUGUUUGUGCGUGGAGUUUAUAUUUGGUGGAGUGUUGGAAAAGAUGAAUACCAGAGUCGGGACGUCUGUUCAGGCUAAGAAAGUUCCUAGGAAGCAUGAAAAAGAGAAGGCUGAAAUGCAGGGGAUCAAGCCACCCAUUGUUGCAACAAAGGCAAUGAAGAAUACACGAGACUCCACCAAAGAAAGAAAAAUGACCUUACAGCAAGAUGUUGAUAAACUGAAGAAGAAGCUUAGACAGGAAGAGAACAUUCACAGAGCUCUGGAGAGAGCUUUUAACCGACCUUUGGGAGCUUUACCUCGUCUUCCUCCAUAUCUCCCUCCUCCUACAUUGGAGCUUUUAGCAGAAGUGGCGGUGCUGGAGGAGGAGAUUGUCCGGCUUGAAGAACAGGUGGUUCUCUAUAGACAAGACUUAUAUCAAGAAGCUGUCUAUACAUCAUCGUCAAAAAGGAACAUGGAGAGUUCAAUUGAUUUGAGUGAGCCUUGCCCGAAUAAUGGUCCUAAAUGUCCGCAACCAAGAACUUUAACUAGAAAUACAUCCAUGGCGAGUCAUAUGCGAUCUCUUUCAGACGAUGGGAGAGGAAAGGAGAACCAAUCAUGUACUAAUUCCACAAAGAGCAAUAAGGGAUCCUUGGUGGAUAAAAGCCAUAUAGUGACAACACCUGUGAUGAGACCUUUGAUUGAUUCAAAACCUGCAGAGAAACGUUUUGAUACUCAAAAAUUGCAGCUAGAAUGCAGAGUGAGAGACCAAGAUAGUGCAGAAGUGCGAAAUCUUAGCACUUCAGAUGAAAGGCCACUGGCAGAUUAUGGUCCGAAUAAAGUUUCUGAGGAACUUGUGAAAUGCUUGUCCUCCGUUUUCUUAAGAAUGAGCUCAAUGAAGAGAAGGUCUAGUGCAGAAAGUUUUCCUUCACUAUCAAUGUCAGGCUCCCAAGAAAGCAGGGAUGAAACGAAAUUCCGGGACCCUUAUGGUAUUUGUUCAAAUUUUGGGAGGAGAGAUAUCGGGCCAUAUAAGCAUUUGAUUUCAAUUGAUGCUGGCUCCAAUUUUGGGAGGAGAGAUAUCGGGCCAUAUAAGCAUUUGAUUUCAAUUGAUGCUGGCUCGAUCAACCCAAAUCGAACAUCAAAUUCUUUAUUUCUGCUGCGCAGGCUGAAGCUACUCCUAUCAAGACUUGCCUCCUUCAACUUGCAGAACCUAAAUCAUCAGGAGAGGCUUGCCUUCUGGAUAAACAUCUACAAUUCCUGCAUGAUGAAUGCAUUCUUAGAACAUGGAGUACCUGAGAGUCCGGAGAUGGUUGUUGAAUUGAUGAGAAAGGCAACUAUAAACAUUGGGGGACACCCGCUAAAUUCAAUAACGAUCGAACAUUUCAUUCUCAGAUUGCCUUACCACUCAAAAUUUACCUUUACAAAGGGUUCCAAGAAUGAUGAAAUGCUUGCUAGGAGCAUGUUUGGCUUGCAACUUUCCGAACCAUUGGUGACAUUUGCCCUCUCAUGCGGAAGCUGGUCCUCCCCUGCUGUGCGAAUAUAUACCGCUUCUAAUGUUGAGGCCGAAUUGGAAAUCGCAAAGAAAGAGUACUUACAGGCUACUGUUGGGAUUUCGUCAACAAAGUUUGCAAUCCCUAAGCUGUUGGACUGGUACUUGCUUGAAUUUGCUAAGGACUUAGAUUCGUUGCUCGAUUGGAUUUGCCUUCAACUACCUAAUGAACUAGUAAAAGAAGCAAUCAAGUAUCUUGAAAGAGCUAAAACGGAGUCUCCUCUACAGUUUGUUCAAAUUAUACCUUAUGACUUCAGCUUUAGGUAUCUUUUAUGCACAUAAUAAAUUAUUUGUUUCAGUUAAAAUUUUGCUUAGUUUCUAAGGGUGUAAUAAUGCCAUACACAAUCUUAGAUUAGAUAACAUAUAAAAAUAAAGGGGGUAAUCUAUUUUCCUAUCUUUGAUUGUAAGUAGUUGUUUGAGGAAUGUUCAUCAUGGAUUUCUGCAUGUAAUUAAUAAUUACUUUUCAUUUAAAAAAAGAA